AGCUGAUCGCGUUCUUCGUCGCUGGUACGCAGCGCUUGGUUUCAGAUAUAUUUAAUUUCUACGAGAAGAGAUUAAGGCUUCCAGAAUAUGGCUGAGAAGCAGCUUAACAAACAGGAGAGCAGUUUGAGCCUUCAUGGAGACCGCUCCCUGGUCCUGGGCAUUGAUCUUGGCACUACCUCAGUCAAAGUGUGCAUCAUAGAUGCACGCACGCACAAAUGUGUCAAGCAGUUGACGAAGGAUACUCAGGCCAACGUGCCCAGCGAGCUGGGCAGCGAGGGCAACAAGCAGUACGUGCCCAAGAUCGUGAGCGCCCUGCACACGUGCAUAUCGCGGCUGCCGCGGGAGGCCCUCAGGCGCGUGGAGAAGGUGGGCGUGUGCGGCCAGAUGCACGGCUGCGUGCUCUGGAAGGCCGGCCAGCGCCUGGAGCCGCAAGCCCGACACCAACACGUUCGAGAUGGCCAGGUGUCGCACCUCUACACCUGGCAGGACACGCGCUGCUCGCCGGAGUUCCUUGCCUCGCUGCCGGCGCCGGACAGCCAUCUGGGCGUGCACUCUGGGUACGGCGUGGCCACGCUGCUUUGGUUCCUCCGGCACAAGCCGCAGAAGCUGGAUAUGUACGACAGGUCAGGCACCAUCCAGGACCUGGUGGUGGCGAUGCUGUGCGAGCUGGACACGCCGGUGAUGUCGGUGCAGAACGCCGCCAGCUGGGGCUACUUCAACACCACCACCGGCUCUUGGAACACGGAGUUGCUGAAGGAAGCCGGGCUGCCGCUGCACCUGCUGCCGCCCGACCGCGCCGUCCUCAACGUCUCCACCUCGGCCCAGAUGGCGCUGCUGCUGCCGCACGGGUUUGAGCCGCCGCCGGCGUCCGAGGCCGGCUGCGUCAGCUACCUGCCCUACCUGGACGGCCGCUACCUGGCCGUGGCCGCCGCACUCACCGGCGGCAACGCCCUGGCCGCCUUCGUGCAGAUGCUGCAGCGGUGGACACAGGAGCUGGGGUUCAACGUGCCGCAGUCGGCGGUGUGGACCAAGAUCCUGGCGCUGGCGGAGGCGCCGGCGCCGGCCGCCGGCGAGUGCGAGCUGCGCGUGGUGCCGACGGUGCGGGGCGAGCGGCACGCGCCGCACCAGCGCGCCUCCGUCACCGGCGUCGACGUCGGUAACACGGGGCUCGGCCAGGUGACGGACGCCGUCUGCCGCGGCGUCGCCGCCAACAUGGACAGCAUGAUGUCCCGCGAGUGGCUGCUGGCGCGCGGCGUGCGCCGGCUGGUCGGCACGGGCAGCGCCCUGGCCCGCAACGGACCCCUGCGGCGGGCCUUCCAGCUGACCUACGACACGCCGCUGGAGAUGGCUGAUGAGACGAGCGCCGCGUACGGCGCCGCGCUGGCCGCCGCCCGCUGUCUGUAGGGCCACCGCUGUCCGCUGCCUGUAGGGCCGCCGCCCGCUGUCUUGAGGACCGCUGCCCGCUGUCUGUAGGACCACCGCCGGCUGCCUGUAGGACCGCCACCCGCUGUCUGUAAGACCACCGCCCACUGUCUGUAGGGCCGCUCUUCGACGUUGGUGGGGCCACCGCCCGCUGUCUUUAGGCCCGCCGCCCGCUGUCUGUAGGGCCA